CCCCUCCCUCGAGCUCUCUGAGCGUGUUCGUACCUGCUGUACUUUUUGGAAGCGAGCACGCAGAUUAAUCGAGAAUGGGCGAAGGCAAAGGAGGAUGCACGGUGACGGUCCGCCGGAAGGAGAGGGUGGCGGCCGUGCUACCGCUCCAAGAGCAUUGGCUACCCUUCUCCAACCUGGACCUGUUGUUGCCACCCCUGGACGUGGGCGUCUUCUUCUGUUACGAGAAGCUGCCCGGCUCCCCCUCCUUUGCCGCCAUGCUCAGCUCUCUCAAGGGAUCGCUGGUGCAAGCCCUUGUCACAUACUACCCUUUUGCAGGUGAGGUUAUCACCAACUCGACGGGCGAGCCGGAGCUGCUCUGCAACAACCGAGGGGUGGAUUUCAUUGAAGCCUACGCCGACGUAGAGCUCCGAGAGCUUUGCCUGUACAAGCCAGAUGACAGCUUCAAGGAAAAGCUCGUGCCCAAGAAGGAAGGAGGGGUGUUCUGUGUUCAGGCAACGGAGCUCAAGUGCGGCGGGCUGGUGGUGGCAUGCUCGUUUGACCACCGCAUCGCCGACGCAGUCUCGGCGGACAUGUUCCUGGUGGCCUGGGCCGAGUUAGCCAGCUCCAAGCCCAUCUCCCGCAUUCCUUCCUUCCGAAGGUCGCUGCUCAACCCCCGCCGGCCGGGACGUCACGACUCCUUCCCGGACCGCCUCUUCGCGCCCAUUUCCUCGCUGGUUCCCCCAUCGUCACCACCCCAGCUGCAGCAGCCCACCGUCAGCCGCAUCUACUACAUCACCGCCGAGGACGUGGACCGCAUGCAGACCGCUGCCAGCUCCGGCGGAGCCGCCCAUAGGACCAAAGUCGAGGCCUUCACCGCCUACCUCUGGCGCGUCCUCGCAAAGGGCACCGUGUCAGGGGACAAGCCAUGCCGGAUGGGCCUCGUUGUCGAUGGACGGUCCAGGAUCGACGCUCGCGCCAUGGCCAACUACUUCGGGAACGUACUGACCCCUCCUUACGGGACCCUCAGCGCGGAGGAGCUUGGACGGAUGGCGCUGCCGGAGGUGGCGGACGUGGUGCAUGAGUUUCUCCGGCCGGCCAUGACGGCGGAGCAUUUCCGGGGACUGGUCGACUGGGUGGAGUCGCACCGGCCAGAGCCGGCGGUGGCGAGGAUCUACUUGGAAGAUGAGGAGGGGGGCGUGGCGUGCGUGGUGUCGUCGGGGAGGCGGUUUCCGGCGUCAGAGGUGGAGUUCGGAUGGGGGAAGCCGGCGCUGGCAUCGUACUUCUUCCCGUGGGGUGGCAGCACCGGGUUUGUGAUGCCGAUGCCGAGCCCCAAGGGGAACGGGGACUGGGUGGUGUAUGCUUACCUUCUCAGGGAUCUGGUGGAGGUCUUGGAGGCCGAGUCGCCUCAAGUGUUUCGGCCGCUGACACCCGACUACUAUCUCAAACUUCUCGAGCUCGAACUGGUUGCAUGAUUGAGCCACAACGAAGAUCUAAUCCGGAUCUGUUGCCCAACCAUAGAUUCUCUUGUUUGGAGAAUACAAAAAAAUAAUGGGCAACAGAUAGAUGUAUUAAGUCUGGAUUACCGUCUAAUACUUGUUUGCUCUAUCCACUGUCGUAUGUACUGGUUUCCUCCUCCAAUAUCCAAAGACAAUAAACGUUGCUUGUACUGUUUAUUGUGUCUGUAUAAUUGUAUUAUAUAUUAUAAAGGCAAAUUUGGCUCA